UUCAAACUAUACUAAAAGGAAGGUAUACAGCCAAAAGUAAGUUUCCCUGCCACCUUGUCCACAGUUCACCCACUGUUAAGUUUCUCGUGUAUCCUUUCCAAGGCUUUUUAUGGACAUUGCUCUGUGUGUGUUUAUUGUUUAUCUCCAACUCGCUGUCCGGCGUCUUUGUCUUACUGAUAUUAACAUCUACACAGGUACGAAAGGUCAGCCCGGCUCGUUCGUCCUCAGUGCGGCAUGGUCCCCUAGGAAUCGUCCCCGUUUCGCAGACGAGGGCGCGGCGGGGCUCAGCUCCGUGACUCGCUGGGCUCAGGGCGGCCAGGAAUUCGCGCGCGGCGCCUUCCCGGCGGUCGGGGCCGGCGGGCGGCAGGAAGUGCCGGGCGCUGACUCGCCGGCGACACCUCCGCGGCUUGUAAACGCGGGGCGGACGCGCGGCGCCGCAUCCACACGGCCGGCGCCUUGCAGCCGGGUCUCCUCUCCACUCCGCGAGGGCGGUGGCUGGCGGCACGAUGGACCUGGCCGGGCUCCUGCUGGACGAAGAAGGCACCUUCUCCCUCACCGGCUUCCAGGACUUCACGUUCCUCCCGGGACACCAGAAGCUGAGUGCCCGGAUCCGAAGGAGACUCUACUAUGGCUGGGACUGGGAAGCUGAUUGUAGCCUGGAGGAGCUCUCCAGCCCCGUGGCAGACAUUGCUGUGGAACUGCUCCAGAAGGCGGCCCCCAGCCCUAUCCGCCGACUCCAGAAGAAAUAUGUAGCUCAUGUGUCACGGGAGGCAUGCAUCUCCCCGUGUGCCAUGAUGCUGGCUCUGGUGUACAUUGAGCGGCUCCGGCACCGAAACCCCGACUACCUACAGCACGUGUCGUCCUCUGACUUGUUCCUGAUCUCCAUGAUGGUGGCCAGUAAGUACCUGUACGAUGAAGGGGAGGAGGAAGAGGUCUUCAAUGAUGAAUGGGGAGCAGCGGGGGGUGUGGCCGUGCCCACUCUCAAUGCCCUGGAGAGGGGCUUCCUGAGUGCCAUGGAUUGGCGACUCUACACUGACCCUCGGGAGAUCUUUGAGGUGCUGAGCUGGCUGGAGAGCUGUGUGGCUGAGCAGCAGGGACGGCGGCGGGGCUGGUACACCUACACAGACCUGUGUGUGCUGCUGGAGCAGCCGGCCUGGCAGCUGGCCCUGGGCUCCCUCUGCCAGCGGCUGGCAAAGCUCUCCUGCCUGUUAGCCAUGGCAUAUGUGAGCAGUGUGGCCCUGGCUGUGGCAUCGGUGGCUGUAAUACACCAGUCCUUGGGGCUGUCCUGCAGCCCUCCACCUGGCCCCCCCGACCUUGGACUGGCCUCCAGGUGCCUCUUGGAACCCUGUGUACCUUCUCCUGUGCCACAGUGCCUGCCGUGUCCUGCUAACGUCUCCAGCUGCCUGGGAGGCGAUGUAGGGCUCCGUUCACUCUGGGGCAGUCUUCUGGCCUCACUGACUCCCCCCCCACCACCUCCCCCUGACCCUCCUGCCCCUCCCACUCUUUUCCAUAACUGCCCCCUUUGCCAGAAGCCCCGGAGAGACUCCCCAACCUGCCAUGCCUGCCACCACCUCAACCAUACGAUCCCCACUGGGCCCCCCAGCCCUUGGUACCACUCCCAUGGCCUGGCUCCCCCCUGGUCCUGGAGCCCAAUGCUCCCUCUGCUCCCACAGCCCCAGCAGUGUUCCCUUCUCAGCAUCAUGGAGCUGGCCCGUCUCAAGUCUUUCAUUUUCCCAGGCUAGAUAGGGCUCCAAGGAAUGCAUGAAGAGGACUUGGGUGUCUCUGAGAACCUGGAGGAGCAAAGCUUGAUUUAGAUCUUCUCUACCUCUCUGGGUCCUUGGCUGGUCCCCAGUCCUCCUGGGUGAUGGAGCUUAAGGGGUUGUGGGACAGAGGACUGAAGGUCACUCACUCUCCUGGACUCAGUGGCUGGCUCCUUGGCCAGGGCAGUGGUGGUGCCUGGGAAAGUAGCAGCUCAGUGAUCAGGGGCAUGUCACAGCUGGGCAAAGGAGAAGCUGUGCUCUCUCCACCUCCCCUGGGCUCUGCUAGACUUUUGUUUUUGAGCUGCCUAGGAUGGAAGGGUAAUGGUGGGAGAUGGGAGAAUUGGGGCUACAGCGGCAGGGGGCAUGGGGCUGGGGCGCGGGACGGACAUUGACUGGGGUCUGUGUGAUGUCCCUGGAGCAGGAGAGCUAGGGACUGAUCUGGCCAAGGUGGUAAUUGCAGAGGGAAGGGGGGAAACCCUCUCCACAUCCGUCCCUUGGAUGUCGUCUAAAGGAGCCGGGGACUGCCGGGACUUUCAGCCUUGCCCUUUUGUCUUCCAGCCUUCUCUUCUUAGUACCCAGCUCCCAGGCUUCCCUCUUUUCCGGUUCCUCCUGGGUAUUUUCUUCACAGGCCUCUCUGGCCGCCGCUUUGUAUCUGGGUUUUUCACGCUUUUGUAGAACUGACGUUUCAAUAAACAGUUUGAGUUGGA